AUGGGUCACCAGCAGCUGUACUGGAGCCACCUGCAAAAAUUCGGUCAAGGUUCUCACUCUCGUCACGUCUGUUCAAACUGGCAUGGUCUGAUCCGGAAAUACGGGCUCAAUAUGUGCCGCCAGUGUUUCCGUCAGUACACAAAGGACGUUGCUUUCAUUAAGUUGGACCUAAAUGAUCUUCUUUCAAAGGAUUCUCCAAGGCAUCUACCAUGA